GACAAGCCCUCACACCGCUUCCCUUUCGCGACGAUGCCUCCGAUCUGCCACACUUUCAAGUCAUCAGUCGACAGGCCUCGAGUGAGAUACUUCAGACUGCCUGUACCGAAGCAUGGAUGCAUAGUAAACAAUCAUGCUGGGGCCCUUCGCACAAGCAGGCCAUUGUGUACAGCAAGUUCCAACAUGUGGUGUGCCCGUGCAGACCAACGGUCGGGCCGUUGAACGACGCGCUCGCAUACACUCUACCAAGUGGCAUUGGACGGUGCAAACUCUCGCUGCUCUAACCCCUUCGCUCGCAGUCGCUGCUGAGGACAGCUUCCAAGAUGCGCUGAUCAAGGCAGUGCGCAAGGUAUGACGGCCAGAUGUUUCAGGCAGGCGGCCAAGCGUGACGUCCUUCGACGGGCUCCAACGCGGCAUCCUCCAAUCUGCUCCCGACGCGGGCCUCGCGACCGGUCAGCUGUAUCUUCGUCUCCCGCGUUGCACGCUCAGUCUAAAUUCAACUACCGCAAGCUCAACUGAAGCGGGCCUCUGUCGAAAGAGGCAGUCGCCCAGAGUCAACUCGCCCUGCAGGCCUGUUAUAGCCUCAAAUCGGUCACAGCGGCACGACGCGGGGGCCGAUCGCUCAACAUACGAUGAGGUGAUGCUACACGCGCACGUGUGACCACUGAAACAAGCAUUUGCACCCGAAGGCACUUCGUCACGCUGAGCUGUUUGUCUUGAAGCGCUAGCAGGCGAGCGUACCAGACUAAGCGUCGAAGGCAGGUUCCCACUGCCGCAUCCGAGCUGAAUUAGGGUUAUGCCUCCGCUUGGCUCCGUCUCUUAAGACAAAGAGGCAACUCUUUGCACUUUGAAGCCUCUACCACCGAUUGUCCUGUGCUUCUUACUCACCUUUCACUUCCUCAUCUGUGCUUUGAGUGCGUUUGCAACUCACACAUCUUUCCACUACUUAAGCUC